UGUCAUCAUCAGCUACAGGUCACAGAAAAGACACAAAAAGCCCCACAGAUCACCGCCUGCUUCCAGAGAGCAAACACAGAAUGAUGCGACUGCUGGAAUUAAUCCUAAUUUCUGUGCUUCAGUUUGAAGCUUUGAUCAGUGGACAGAUAAUCUACAAGAGACCCAGAGAAGAUGCCGUUCUGCCCUGUGCCAUUGCAUCCUCCUCUGGCCCAACCUGCCCCAUCGUUUCAUGGUUUUACAACAGAGAGCCGUCUCAGGGUCCCUCUCGGGUUGAGAUCGGAGAUGUCUCAGUCCCAGCCGCCAGGCUGAGUGUGGACACGACGUGCUCUCUGGUCAUUAAGAGCGUCACCGCUGAGGAUGCUGGUCUCUACAUCUGUCGGCAGAAGGGGAGAGUUAGUGAGAACGUGUACCUCAAUGUUCUUGCAAUCUCUCCAUCCCCACCAGACGCUGAUCCAAAGAGGGACGGCAAAGUCACAUUAGAGUGCACUCUGUGGAGACACAGCAGCCUCCGUCCCUGUCGACUGGACGGCCUCAACUGGCUGGAUGAGACGCGGACCCUGCUGCGACGUAGAGGCCCCGGCUACCAUUUCCGGGGACAGAGAAAAUGCGUCUCUACUCUGACUGUGAAUCGUCAGAGCGACCACAACAGGAGAUACACCUGCCAGUUCGUUGAUGACAGACAUGUGGUGAUAGAGGCUGAAUACACACCUGACUUCACAGGUGGGACUACAUCUGAUCCGGGUAAGAUAACAUGCAGCCAAAGGUUUGCCUCUUUGUUUCUCAGAUGUUGGAGCUUUUGUUCUGCAGGAUAUUUAAUGUUGUUCUUUUUUAUUAACUGACUUGUGUUGAACAUAGACACAGAUCCACAGGUUGGUCUCCUCUGAGCUACAUCAUGUUGUAAACCUGUUUUCUUAUUUA